UCCAGAGAGUUAAAUGUGUUGACGACAGACUGACUUGGUUUUACUCCGGCUUGUCCAGAAGAAGGUUAGGCAGUUGCAACGACAUUUUUACCUCCUCGUAUAAAGAUAUAAUUGACCAAAGACCAUGAACAGUCUAAUUAGAUCCACUGCGAGGUGUCUGCGGUCGGGGGCGGCGGUCUAUCUGCCCAGGCAGGCCGACGGAUGCGUGUGGUCGGCCUCGGCCCGGUUCCUGUGCGCGUCAGCGGACCUCCAGAAAGACCUUGGUGAGAUGGUCAAGAAGGACAAAGUGGUGGUGUUUAUGAAGGGGACGCCGGCUCAGCCCAUGUGUGGCUUCAGUAAUGCCGUGGUUCAGAUCCUCCGGAUGCACGGGGUGGACGACUACGCCUCGUACAACGUAUUAGAGGACUCCGAGCUCAGAGAAGGAGUCAAGACCUUCUCCAACUGGCCCACGAUCCCUCAGGUGUACUUCAGCGGCGAGUUUGUGGGGGGCUGCGACAUCCUGCUCCAGAUGCACCAGAACGGAGAUCUGGUGGAGGAGUUAAAGAAGCUGGGCAUCAGCUCUGCACUGCUGGAGGCUGAGAAAGAGUCCAAGUAGAGGGAGAGGAUGAACUGCAAACAGCUGGCAGGACAGAGGACACAUUUAUCAGGUUUUAUCCCCCCCCCAACUCAGAUGAUCACAUAUAAAUCAACUCUCUAGGCAGCCAUGGGCAAAAUUGACUCACCCUUCUGGCCAAUAAAGCACAGCAAGAGUGCAGAUGAAAAUAACAAAUCCAAGCAAGUUUUGGUGGCAGCACUGUAUCUUAAGUCAUGGACGUUAUGGCUUUACCACGUAAUGUUCCAUCAUAGAAAGAGCUCACAUACAGAGCUCCUGCUCCACUGCUUAUUCUCUUCUAAACACAAAUCAUGUACCCGACCGGUGAGGGACUUUAAUCUAGGAAGAAAUAAAGGGUGGACCAUGUCUUCCCAGGAAUCCAAAAUCAGUUUAAGCUAACACUCUACCCAUAUUUCUCAACUUCUCUUUAAAACUGUUUUUUUUUUUUUUUUUUUUUUUUUUUUGGGGGGGGCCCAUCUGAAACAAGUUGCUUUUUUUGCUGACGACCGCUGCCUGCCGCAGCCAAAAAUAAACCGAAACAGUUAAGUUUGGGGUCAGUAAACUCAAACGAUGAGCUGAAAGAUGCUGUAAAGCGCUAUAUGUGCACUGGUAAAUGGUGAUAAUUCUGUGGGUUCAUUGUGGCAGCUUUAAUAUUUCCCUCACUUACACACGGAGGAAAACAAUUGGUACUUUCCUCUGUAGUUCCUACGUUUUGAAUACUUUUCUAUCAUGUCGCGAUUCACCAAUUUCUGUAAACUAUCAUAUGAUAAAAUAUUUCCAAAAAAAAAAAAAAUCAAUGGCAGCAUAGUUGUUGGAUCACAGGCUUUUUGUGACGAAUACAGGGUUGAACGUCUAACUGUUGGAGACAUCAUUUCACAUCGAGGUUGGACUGCUACUGCCAGAGGGAGACCGUCAGGUUCCCUCCCUGGGUUUUAAAUGAGUUUACACAAGAGUGGUGUCAAACCUCUUAGCAUCUUGCCCUCUAAAAGCCCUGCUACCUCUACUGUCCACCGCCCCCCCAAAGCCACAGUCAGUGUAAGACCAAAUGAGCCUCAGGGUGCACUAAGACUAAGUUACCGCUGCUUGGGUCCCACCAGGGAAAGAUGCCAUCAUACUAGAAAGCUUCCAAAUGCACUGCUUGUAGCUACAGUAUGCUAGAAGGGAAAACGCUGUUGAUACAUCACGGAUUAAUAAAGCUGAUGUGGGUUCGUUAUAAUGUAAAUGUUUAGUUUAAUAUCUGGUCAAUAAUAAAAAAUAAAAAAAAUGAACAUCUGGUGAAUGACAUCUGUUUUAAGGAAUUUAUGGACCACACCUCAGUGCUCAUUAACACACAUGGCACUGUCAGUAUGACUGAUGGACCCAACACCAUUAUCCCCUUUUUUGUUCUUCCUGCCUGGAACCACACACAAAAUGUGUCCCCUCUGUUUUAAUGUCUACACUGAAACGC